AUGGGCAGCAGAGAGCAGAAGAGCAAGCGAUCCCCAUCUAUACAGAGAAGGUCUCCACAGAAGCCUCGAAAGUUGCUCACACGAGAUGCAUGGGAGGGGGCCGGCAGUGUGCAGAAAGGGAGGACACAGCUUCGUCCUGCCCAGCAGACACACAUGGAGCAAGCCACAGCCACAGCCACAAAGGAUGAGGGGAGCAUACGGAAGGCAAAAGAAUUCAAGGACCCUAUGGCUACCCAUCGGGCUCAGUCAGAUCCAGAUACAAGUUCUCAGAGCUUGACAGAGGAGAACCUGCUGCCUCUGACACCUCGGCAGCUGGCAGCCUUCCAGGACAUCUUCAAACUGUUCAGUUGCAGCCCAACAGGCACUGUGGACAUGCGCAGCAUGAAAGUUGCCCUGCGCAAUGUAGGUAUCCAACUAGGCCCCCAGGAGAUGUGUGAGGCUCUUCGUCUGGCAGACUUGGAUGGUGAUGGAAUCGUAAGCUUCAAGGACUUUCUUGGUGUUCUCACUGACAACAACCGGCUGGCUCAGUGCAUAGGUCAAAUGAAGAGCAACCGAGUAUCUGAUCCCCAGGGUCUGCACACACUGUUCUUAGAGGUGCUUUUCAAGCUACUGCACCAGGGCUUUCUGCCCUCCAAGUCUGGGCAGGAGGUGACAAGCUACUACCAGGAGAAGCAGCGGGCUCUGCGGCUGACCCCAGGCUUGAAGAUUCGGAACAGCCAGGGCCAUCCCUCGCGCUCCCACGCCGGCCUCAAUUUCUUCUGCCAGGCAGCUCGUGUCAGUGGCCUGUCCAGCUCUGAGCUGGCACUCUCGCUACACAAACUGCACAAAGCGGGUUCACGCAGUCCCUACUCUCAGAUACCCAACCUGACCAGGCGGAUGCAGCCAGAUUAUAGGAUACGGAGUGCAAUACCCGUGGCGAUGCCUGACGUCCGCCUUCCCAAGCCCCAUCAACCCAGCCGCACCAGGAUCUCAAUCAACCUGAGGCCACUAUGCAAAGGCCCUCUCUCCCUCCCUCCUGCAGCUUUAGUGAGCCAGCCAUCAGAGCAAAUUCGUCCCUUGAAGCUGGCUCCCUCCCCACCAACUCUAGUGCAGAAGCAGCCCUUCUCCCCUUCGCCAGCCUGUUCCCAGAGAUCAGCUGUGAAGAGCUCUUAUAAGUAA